GUGUUGAGCAGCUCAGUCGCUCGCACGGUUGUUUCCCAAGUGUUGGAGAAUGGUUGGGUUCAGACACGGGCUUUGGAAGGUUUCUUGAGGGCUCCGAGAGGCUGAAGGAUUACUCAGCGUUUUCUGCAGACCUCGCGGGCGCAGUCGCCGCUUCCGAUUUUACCCAGGCCUCCUCCUGCCGGGCGGGCCUCGGGAUGCAACGGCCGAUUUCUUAAUACCUCACAGGAGCCAGGCCAGUGGGUAGUUCUUUUUUCCUUCCGCGUAUAUGUACUUUUUAUGGCUGAAAAUCUUAGAAUCGUUAAUGGUGUGGUCUCGUUGAAGAUCUAGUAAAUUUUAAAUGGGAUCCGAAGGAAAUUCGCUAGACCUUAGUCGUUUUUGGUAAUCGUCAUGACCUACUUAAAGUGAAGGCAAUACAGUCUCAAUCACAAAGAUUUGGAUAAGAAAUUCGGAGAACUAGAGCAGCAUUCUUAUCUUCUGGGGCCUUAUUGCAAAUGCAGAAACUAAGACUAAAGCUAGAAAAGAUGAGGCUAAAGGGACUGCUUGCUCGAUAAAUUGAACAACUUUGGCGGUGCGUAGAAAGUGCUUUGGAACCUGAAUUUUUAGGAUUAAUAAAAUUUCGUUAAAGAACUUAGCUGCAAGUUAUGGGCUAGCUAGAUUUUUAUUUUAGUGUUGCAGCUUGCUUUCUGCCACAUGUAAGCAAUAAGUUGUCCCGAAUUGGUAAGCUUUCAUACUUUAUGGUGUAUGUUUUACUUAACGUUUUUAAGUGAAAGAUAACAGAUGAAGGUCAUAAUUUUUUGGGUCGAUGAUGAGCUGGCAUGUAUUCUGAAUCUAAAGUUGAUUACUACUACUUAAGCUCUAGAAUUACUCUGAGACCUGAAAAAUACCUAAAUCUGUACAAGGCUUUGGUGCUUACGUUCUUUUUAGUCAGAUACUUGGCAAUUUCUAAAUUGAAAGUUUUUGUAUGGCAAGAUGAAAUCAAAGUAAAAAGUUCAGAUCUGUAUUGAAUAUAUAUUCUGGGGUCAAACAUUAAAAAGAUAAACAUUUACGAAAUCACUACUUUUUUGUUUUGAAAGGGCACACCGCAGAAAGAUGUUAUCAUCAAGUCAGAUGCACCUGACACCCUGUUAUUGGAGAAGCAUGCAGAUUAUAUCGCAUCCUAUGGCUCAAAGAAAGACGAUUAUGAAUACUGUAUGUCUGAGUACUUGAGAAUGAGUGGCAUCUAUUGGGGUCUGACCGUAAUGGAUCUCAUGGGACAACUGCAUCGCAUGAAUAGAGAAGAAAUUCUGAUGUUUAUUAAGUCAUGUCAACAUGAGUGUGGUGGAAUAAGUGCUAGUAUUGGACACGAUCCUCAUCUUUUGUAUACUCUUAGUGCUGUUCAGAUUCUUACUCUGUAUGAUAGUAUUAAUGUUAUUGACGUAAAUAAAGUUGUGGAAUAUGUUCAGAGUCUACAGAAAGAAGAUGGUUCUUUUGCUGGAGAUACUUGGGGAGAAAUUGAUACAAGAUUCUCUUUUUGUGCGGUGGCAACUUUGGCUCUAUUGGGGAAGCUGGAUGCUAUUAAUGUGGAAAAGGCAAUUGAAUUUGUUCUGUCAUGUAUGAACUUUGAUGGUGGAUUUGGUUGCAGGCCAGGUUCUGAAUCCCAUGCUGGGCAGAUCUAUUGUUGCACAGGAUUCCUGGCUAUUACUAGUCAGUUGCAUCAAGUGAAUUCUGAUUUACUCGGUUGGUGGCUUUGUGAACGACAGUUACCAUCAGGUGGACUCAAUGGAAGACCAGAGAAGGUACUGUUUUGUAAGCUACCAGAUGUAUGCUAUUCAUGGUGGGUCUUGGCUUCCCUGAAGAUAAUUGGAAGGCUUCAUUGGAUUGAUAGAGAGAAACUGCGUAGUUUCAUCUUAGCAUGUCAAGAUGAAGAAACAGGAGGAUUUGCAGACAGGCCAGGAGAUAUGGCAAAUCCUUUUCACACUUUAUUUGGAAUUGCUGGAUUGUCACUUUUGGGAGAAGAACAGAUUAAACCUGUUAGUCCCAUUUUCUGUAUGCCUGAAGAAGUACUCCAGAGAGUGAAUGUUCAGCCUGAACUUGUGAGCUAGAUUCAUUGAUGCAAAAGUUGCUUAGUGUGGUUUUGCCAUCUUAACAUUUCUGUAUUUGAAGUGCUUAUCAAACUUAAAAAUGACUACUAUGUUAAUAUUUUGUAUAUGAAUUGUGUUAAUUUUAAAUUAUAUAAUUAUACAUAGUGUAAAAUAAAGACCUUUAUUGUAUCUUUAAUUUUAAACUUUUUCCUGGAAUGCUGUUACUCUAAGUACAGUAUUUUGUUUGUGCUUUAAUGUAUUUGUUAUUUAUGUCUCCAUAACAGCAAACUUUCUUAGUUUAACAACUAUUUAGUUGAAGAAGUCUUGUGUUCUGCUUGAUUUUUUUUUUUCCGUGUGCUCCCUUUAUAAGUUAUAUAACGAUAGUUAAUGUAAAUUGGUCUGUGUCGAUGAGAAUGUUAACUGAGAAAAAUUGAUAAAC